CAAUCAUUUCAAGGGUUUUUAGAUACUGCAGUAGCGAAAGAGAGAUUGUAGUGUAGAAUGGGAAGAAGAAUACUGAACGAUGCAUUGAGAACCAUCGUCAAUGCAGAAAAGAGACGAUUCGCUACUGCAGAGCUGAAGCCCAUCUCUAAUGUCCUCUCAUCUUUUCUGCAAAUCAUGAAAUACAGAGGUUAUAUUAAGGAUUUUCAAGUGCACGACCCACAAAGGGUAGGGAGUAUCACCGUGCAGCUGAUGGGUAGAGUUAAUGAUUGUCGAGCUAUCACUUAUCGGCAAGACGUUAAGGCUCAGUAUAUCGAGAAUUACAAGACUCGUGCUCUUCCAACACGUCAGUGGGGCUAUGUUGUGAUCACAACACCGAAUGGAGUUCUUGAUCAUGAAGAAGCUGUUCGACAAAAUGUUGGUGGUCAAGUUCUUGGAUACUUUUACUGAGACUUUUUCCAAUUCUGAAGAGAAGAGGACCAAGUAAAACGGUUCAUUUGCAUCUUUUGUUUUGUGUAUCUUUUUGUGUACCUUUUUGUCUAGUUAGGAAAGAUUACAAACAACUCUAUUAGUUCAUGGAGCUCCGCUCGAAUUAUGCCUGGGACAAAUUUGAUGAUGAUCAAAAUGCUGGACAUAUAGUUUGUUUUUAUGAGACUUUUUUUAGCCUUCAAAUUUGAUGGCGAUCAACUGCUUAUACGUCGUUUUUAUGAGACUUGCUCUAUAAUAACUACUCUCUUUCCUGUAUUUUUUUUCAGUUAAUUCACGGUAACUCACAUAUACUUCGUUUUUAUGAGACUUCCUCUAUAAUAA